AUGACGUAUACCGACAUCAACCGAAGUUCUGAGCAUGUUUUUUACAAAGGCAAUAAAGAAGACUUUCUUAUCUUCCUUGAUGAUGUGGAUGAAUACCAAAAAUAUAUUGCUGGUGAUACAUCAAUCCCUAUGUCUAGAUUUAUUGCCAAGUUUGACAUAUACAGAAACGCUACUGGUAACGGAUCGGAGGGAAUUCUUGAAAUUGCAAGCGAGCAGAACUUGAACGAAGAGUUUGGAGAUUUUAAAAGUGUUGAAGAUGAAAUCAUCCCAAAAAUUUUAAGAUCUGGAAAACUUCAGAACAUGCACAAAGAUUGA